AUGGCAAAGCAUCCAGGCACCUAUUCCGAGUUGAACCUUCAUAACUCAUUCCGGCAACAACAUGGCAAACCCAAGGAACACAAGAUUAAGGAUGUGUCCAGUGAGCAACAGGUGACCUAUACGGAAUUGAAAAAUUCCAAGUCUUCUCAGCAACAGCGUAGGUCAAAGAACACCACAAAGAAAGGUUCAGAGCAACAGGUGACCUAUACGGAGUUGAAAAAUUCCAAACCUUCUCAGCAUCAGCAGCACAGACAGUCUAAGGAUGCCAAGAGAACCGGGGCAGGGAGUGAACAGCAGGUGACUUACACAGAGCUGACCCUGUACAGCUCUGCCCCGCAGCCAGGGAGAGGAGAGACCGGCACAGGUUCCUGGUCUCCCCCAUGGAGGCUCGUUGCUGGGGUACUGAUGGUCCUGGGUUUUGUCCUGGUUGUCACUGUGGCAUCUAUGACAGUCGCAUUGUUUCGGAUAUUGCCCAGUUCUGAAGCUCAAAACCAGUCUUUGAACACAGAGUUGGAAGACCCCACAAAAAACUGUUCCUGCUCCCAGUGUCAGGGGAAGUGGUUUUGUUACAAAAUGAGCUGUUAUCACUACUCAGCUGAAAGGAAAUCUUGGAAGGAGAGUAAGCAGGCCUGUGCAUCCCAGAAUUCCAGUCUCCUACAAAUAGACAGCAGGGAAGAGCUGGAAGAACGUGCCUGUCUAAGGGUGGAAGAAAUGUGGCAGCCAAAGAGCAACACUGAUCCUCCAGGGCCCUUCUAA